GUGACCAUACAUUGAGUUUGGGGAUAUAUAGAUAUUUAGUGAGGGCAUAGUUGUAACUAGUCUACAUAGGUUUCUCCUAUAAAUACUUGUACAUCACUAGCCUAACAAAUCAUCCAAAACAUCUUCCUCCUCCAGUCAAAAUUCCAAUCCAAGUUCAGUAAUGUCAAUGGCACUACACGAAGUUCACUCAGCAAACAUUAGUUCCUACAAAGCUGCUUGUGAACAACACCCAGAGCUCAAAUCCUUUGAUGCUUCGCUUCAAGAGGGGGCUAACAAAGUGUUGAACUCGGUCAACGCUCAAGCCGAGACUGAUUCUUAUUCCGUACACACAUCAUACGCGGAGCUCUACAAGUAUCUGCUUGAUGCAUGCCAAGCUGUGGCAAAGUUCAUUACUGCUAUCGAAGGCGACGUGUGGGACAACGAAGAUCUAAAGAAGAUAGUGGAGGCCUAUUUUGAGGAUACCAUCAAGACUUUAGAGUUUUUCAACAGUGUUGAUAAACUGGCCGACAACGCAUCAAUUGGCGACCUUUACCUUCAACGCGCGGUGGAUCUCUUUGACAAAGAGUCGGCGGAAAAUGGUGGGAAUACUAAGAACAAGUAUGAAAAAGCAUUGGAGGACCUGAAGAAGUUUGAAAACAUGAAACAUGAUUUUGAUGGCGACAAGUUAAUAGCUAAGUUUGAAUCGGUCAAAAAGGAGCAGGAAAACCUUCUGGAGCAAGUGAGUGAUCUGAAAAAGAAGAUUGAUGCGGCAUAUGCGGCGGCACAAGCACAUAGCAAACUUACGAAUAUACUUUUCGGCGUGUUGUUUGGUGUUGUUGCUCUCAUAGGGGUGGCUACAUUUGCAUUCGGGGGCGAAGUUCUGGUGACAGGUGCAAUAGCUGCGGGUUUAGCGUUACCAGUCGUUGCCGUGGGAUGGGCAGGGACCGAGGUUGCAAUGCAGAAACUGGAGGACACUGUGAAGAAACAGAAAGAUAUAGCAGAACAGAUUGGGAAAGGUUUGGAAGUCAACAAAGAUGCGAUGGCGACCAUAAUGAACUUAGUCAAGAAACUUUUAGAUAAGAUAGAGUCGAUGUUGGAGAUCGCGGAUACUCCUGACGAGGCUAGCGAGAGAGACACGAAAAAUGAACUGAAACUAAUCAAGAAGAAAUUGGGAGGUUUUACUGACUCAAUCAACGCGGUUGACGAAACUGUCGCUAAGCUUAGCAAAUUGGUCGUUGAGUCGAGAAUUAAGGUUAUGGAAAAGAUCCAAGAUUAGUGGUAAACUAUCAAUAUGCUUUAUUGAUGUUUAUUGUUCAAGAAUCAAGACACCCACGCUAUGUUAUAUGUUUUAAUCUUUGGUUUUCAAUAAUUUGGGUUUAUAGCCCAUUGUACUUUUUAUUUUAUUUUGUAACGUUAACCAUCCGAAAAGAUUGGUUGAUGUACCUCUAUCCCCUAUUCGUGAAAUAAAGUUGUUGUUGUUUUCUUUUUUAAA